CACCAUCUUUUACUUAAAACAAACUGAGAUCCUUGCAGGCCCUCUCUAGACAGACUGAUCCCGUAUAAGGGCUGUUUCCAGCUGGGCAGGGUGGUACGGUGUUUGCCGCGACUGAGAAAGCAGUUUUGAGAGGAUGCAGCGCGUCCGAGAUGGAAGUCGCUCUGUGACCCACGUCUGCCGCCCACAAGACCACGCCACAGAGCCGGGUGCAGGAUGAGCCAGCCGCGCACUGUCCGCCCAACAUACACCAGACCCUCCGACUGAACCCCGAGAGCCUGAAGAUGUCUGCGUGCAGUGACUUUGUGGAGCACAUCUGGAAGCCCGGGUCUUGCAAGAACUGCUUCUGCCUGCGGGGCGACCAUCAGCUGUUGCCCACCUGUCCCCAGCCCAGAGCAGGCGGCCUGCCUCCUCCUCGCCUGCCCCCCAGGUCUGAGCACUGCCGCCUGGAAGAUGAGGGCGUGAACAGCUCGCCCUACUCGAAGCCCACCAUCGCCGUGAAGCCCACCAUGCUGAGCUCCGAUGCCUCCGACGUGUGUACGGAGGCGAACAUGAGCCCCAAUGCCUCGCAGGACAUCUGGAGAUGGGCCCCCAGCAAGCUGCCCUUCCCGAAGCAGGAAGACGCGCCGAUGGUUUGCCUGGGCAGCUUCCGAGGCAUCCAGAAGCCUGCUGUCCCGGCUGCCCCCGCAGAUGGCCACCCUCGCUGCCCGCCGGUGUAUGCCAUGGUCGGCCUGCAGAGCGCCAGGGCCCGGGGCGAGCGGAGCACCGCCUUCCACCCGCUGAGUUUCCCCGAAGAGAAGGCUGGGCGAGAAGAAAAACCCACGUUUCCCCACCAAGAGUUGACCUCCGCCCAGGAGAGCCGCCACCGGAAGCUCGCUGGCGUGGGCAGCAGGACGGCACCUGGCUGUGCCAAGGACCCUGGGACCCACCCCUCUCCACAGCCCCCGCGGGAGUCCCUGCCCUCUGAGGAUGACAGCGAUCAGAGGUGCUCACCCUCCGGGGACAGCGAAGGGGGAGAAUAUUGCUCCAUCCUGGACUGUUGUCCCAGGAGCCCCACUGCCAAGGACACCUCCCAGGGCGAGGGGGCCCGACACAGACCCGGCGGAGGGGACCGCCCCCCCACGUGCUGGGAGCAGGGAACGUGUGGGGGGCCGGCUGGGGACGUGAAGCAGGUGCUCGGCUUCCCGAGGGAGUGCUGUGGCCAGGGCCCCGCAGACACCCCGCCCCACCGGGGCCCCCGGAAGCUGUCCCCUCCCUCAGAGGCGGCCAGCUCCUCGGAUGGCCUGUCCUGCGGCAGUGCCAGCAGCGGCGCCAGCAGCCCCUGCACCCCCCAUCUCGAGAGCGAUUACUGCUCCCUCGUGAAGGAGCCUGUGCCGGGAAAGCAGCAGGACUCCGGCUGCCACGGGAUGGCCUCGAACAGGUGCCUUGGGCCGACUGGGGAGCCCCAGCCCCCCACCCACCCCAGGGAGGCUGUGCAGCCCGAACCCAUCUAUGCCGAGAGCACCAAGAGGAAGAAGGCUGUCCCAGUGCCCUCUAGGCCACAGGGCAAGGCGGAGCAGCCAGCAGCUGGCCACGGCCAGGGCCACGGCCAGGGCAGGAUGGUGCAGUUUCAUACUCAGAAGACAGCAUCUGGCGGUAGCUGGGACAGGGAAGGCCCCGAUGUGGGCCCCAAGGUGGCAGCCACCAUUACCAUCAUGGCGGCCUCCCCGAAGGAGGACCACCGGACCAUCUACCUGAGCAGCCCGGACUCUGCGGUGGGUGUGCAGUGGCUACGCCCGUCGGUGGGCCAGGACUCUGGAGCAGGCGACCAGGAGACGUCAGCUGGGCAGGGGAAGGGCUCCAGGGAAGGCCACCAUCAUGCUGCGAGCCAGAACGUCCCCAAGGGGAGGCCUGCCAUCCCUCCCAAGCUGUCUAAGGGGAGCCCCGGAGGGUCCCCGGUGUCACCCUCCCCCUCCCCACUGUCUGACCUCAGCGAAGGGAGCUCGGGUGGCAGCACUGGGCCCCAGCCUUUGUCCCGGUGCCCUGCCAACCCCGCUUCUUCCUGCCGGGCCAACGGUGUCCCCAACCAUGACUCUGUCAAGUGUCCCCCACCUGCCACCACUGCCUCGGCCGCAGACCAGAGGCGGCCCCGGUACCAGACUGGGGCCUGGAGCCGUCAGUGCCGGAUAGAGGAAGAGGAGGAGGUGGAGCAGAACCUGCUGAGUCAAAGCUGGGGAGGAGAGACGAUGGCGAAGGGCACCAAGGACCCCUCCAGCUCCUCUACCUGGCACCAUCUCUGCCCCACUGACGGCGCCUCGGGGCAGAACGACAAAGCGGGGACCGGGAUGAGCAAAUCGGCCUCUUUUGCCUUUGAGUUCCCCAAGGACAGACAUGGGAUUGAGGCCUUCUCACCUCCUCCGCCACCUCCGAAGUCCAGGCACCUUUUAAAAAUGAACAAGAGCAGCUCUGACUUGGAAAAAGUGAGCCAGGGCUCCGCAGAGAGCCUCAGCCCAUCCUUCAGGAGCGUCCACGUCAGCUUCACCACGGGCUCCACGGACAGCCUGGCCUCGGACUCCAGGACCGGCAGCGAUGGAGGUCCAUCAUCCGAGCCGCCUCACUCGCCCACCAACAGUGGGAAGAAGCUCUUUGCUCCUGUCCCAUUCCCUUCGGGCUCCACCGAGGACGUGUCCCGCAGCAGCCCCCUGCAGCCCCCACCCCUCCCCCAGAAGAAGUUAGUGAGCCGGGCGGCCUCUUCACCCGAUGGCUUCUGCUGGACCCAGGGCUCCCCCAAGCCCAGAGCAGCAAGUCCCAAGCUAAACCUCAGCCACUCAGAGAUCAACGUCCGCGCGCAUGAGGAGUCCCACUUCGGCCAUGGGAACCGCCACCAUCACGCCUUCUCUUCGGGGCCUCUGGAGAAAACUUUCAAAGGCAAUGGCCACUGGGUCCCAGCACCGGGGCUGGCAGGUGGCAGAAGCAGCAGCGGGAGCCCCAGCCUCCAGUGCAAGGGGGUGCCCUCGGCCUCAUCCUCCCAGCUGAGCGUGGCCAGCCAGGCCUCCACCAGCAGCAACCAGCUCCAGCUCCACGGCCUGCUCAGCAGCAUCAGCAGCAAGGAGGGCACCCACGCCAAGCUGGUGGGGCUCUACGCCCAGUCCCUCGUCCGCCUCGGGGCCAAGUGUGAGGACCUGUUCAUGGGCCCCCAGAAGAAGGAGCUGCACUUCAAUGAGAACAACUGGUCGCUCUUCAAGCUGACCUGCAACAAGCCCUGCUGUGACUCGGGGGAUGCCAUCUACUACUGUGCCACCUGCUCCGAGGACCCCGGCAGCACCUAUGCUGUGAAAAUCUGCAAAACCCCCGAGCCCAAAGUGGCCUCCUACUGCAGCCCGGCUGUGCCCGUGCACUUCAACAUCCAGCAGGACUGCGGCCACUUCGUGGCCUCGGUGCCCUCCAGCAUGCUCACCUCUCCGGACGCACCCAAGGACCCCGCGCCCGCCCCGCCCGCUCCGCCCCCGGCCCAGGAGCAGGACUGCGUGGUGGUCAUCACCCGCGAGGUGCCCCACUCCACCACCCUCCCCGCCAGUGUCACCCCCAGCCUCCCAACGGCCCCCACCUGUGAUGGGGUGCCCAGUGAGAAACACCUACCCCGGCUCAUUAUCAGCAACUUCCUGAAGGCCAAGCAGAAGCCGGGCGGCACCGCCAACCUGCAGCAGAAAAAGAGCCAGGCCCGGCUGGCCCCCGAGAUCGUGUCCGCCUCCCAGUACAGCAAGUUCGAUGAGUUCCAGACAGGCAUCCUCAUCUACGAGCUGCUGCACCAGCCCAACCCGUUCGAGGUGCGGGCCCAGCUGUGGGAGCAGGACCACAGGCGGGAGGACCUGCCGCCCCUGCCCACCCUGUCCCUCUACUCGCCCGUGGAGCAGCGGGGCACCUGGGAGGAGGCGCUGAGCAGCGCGCUGCACAACUGGAUCGACAUGAAGCGCGCCCUGAUGAUGCUGAAGUUCGCGGAGAAGGCCGUGGACCGCCAGCGCGGGGUGGAGCUGGAGGACUGGCUGUGCUGCCAGUACCUGGCGUCCGCGGAGCCCAGCGCCCUCUUACAGUCCCUCAGGCUCCUGCAGCUCCUGUGAGCGCAGCCCCAGCCUGCACUUGAGCUGCCCUUUCUGUGUCUGCCCCCUUCGCUGCCAGCCCCUUCCUGGUGUCCGUCCUGACCCCGUGCCCUGCCUGCCUCAGAAAGCUUCGUGUCUCCCUGCGAAAUGGUACAGUGACUGUCCUACUUGGAUGUAAUGUGUAUAUAAAGUGUAUAAAUGUAAAAGGCUGAGGGUGUCGUUGCCGCCUGGGGCCGCCUCUGCUCCCCGGGGGGCUCCUGGUUUCUCCCCUGUGAUGCGCACUGUAGCUCAGUCCAGGUCCUGGGGACAGAACGGUGCUGCCAGCAGAACGAAGCCUGGACUCUGGCCUCGCUGCCCCAUCGUGGGAGCUCUUCACCUUCCCGUCCAAUUGUUAUUUAAAAAAAAUUUAUUAAAAAUGUUUUGAUUGA